GCAUACAUCCAUGAUGCGUGCUGUCAUCGCGCUGCUGAUCGCUCUCCUGUGCCUGGGCUCUGCUCAGGGUGGGAAGCUGUUAGUGAUCCCAACGGACGGCAGUCCCUGGCGAAGCAUGAAAAUCCUGGUGGAGGAACUGGGGAGGAGAGGUAACGAGGUGGUGGUCGUGAUCCCAGAGGUCAGUCUCAGCUUGGGCCCCUCUGAGCACACCACCACACUGACCUUUCCCGUACCAUACACCCAGGAAAGCUUUGAUGCAGGCUUAGACGAAGAUCUGCUCCAAUUAAUGAACACUGAUCUCUCCACUGCUGUGGCAAGGUUUAGGAAUUACUGGGACACCCUGCAAAUGCUGAGUAAUUACACCAUAAUGACUUGUGAAAGCAUGCUGUACAACAAGGAGCUGAUGCAGACCUUACGGGAUUAUGAGUUUGAUGCUCUCCUCAUUGACCCUUUUUGGACUGUUGGAAUCAUCGUUGGGGCUUAUCUGGACAUUCCGUCUAUCUACAUGAGUGGUCCUUAUCCUUGUCCACUUGACAUUAUAUCCACAAGAUGUCCUCACCCUGUUUCAUACCUGCCACUACGCUACACGCUCUACAGCAAUCGCAUGACCUUGUGGGAGAGGACCGUCAACCUGCUGAGGUCCUUACUGGAGCCUGCGGCCUGCAGUCGUCUCCACGUUCACGCAGACAAGAUGGCCUCUGAUAUCCUGCAGAGGGACACAUCCAUUGUGGAGCUGGCGAGCAACGCAGCACUGUGGCUCGUUCGGUUUGACUUUACCUAUGAGUUCCCCAUGCCUCUGAUGCCCAACAUGAUCAUGAUUGGUGGAAUGAAAGCAGGAAAGCCAAAACCCCUACCACAGGAGGUGGAGGAGUUUGUGAAUGGAUCUGGAGAGCACGGCUUUGUGGUCUUCACCCUGGGCUCAAUGGUGUCCCAGAUGCCAGAAGAGAAGGCCCGAGUGUUCUUCGAGGCAUUCCGGCAGAUUCCACAGAGGGUUUUGUGGAGGUACACUGGACCCGUACCUGAGAACGCCCCAAAGAAUGUCAAACUCAUGAAGUGGCUGCCUCAAAAUGACCUUUUAGGUCACCCGAAGGUGAAGGCUUUCAUCACACAUGGAGGGUCCCAUGGCAUCUACGAGGGUAUAUAUAGCGGUGUUCCCAUGGUGACGAUCCCACUGUUUGUAGACCAGGGAGACAACGCCCAGCGCAUGGUUGCGCGUGGUGUUGCUGAGUCUUUGACCAUUGCUGACGUGACCACAGCCAAAGUGUUGGAAGCACUCAACAAAGUCAUUGGUGACAAGAGUUACAAGGCAAAUAUGAUGAAGCUGUCAGCUGUGCACAAGGACCGUCCGAUUGAACCUCUUGACCUGGCCGUCUUCUGGACCGAGUUUGUAAUGAGACACAAAGGAGCGGACCACUUGCGGUCCACUGCCCACGAGCUGAACUGGGUCCAGUACCACAGCCUUGAUGUGAUCGCGUUGCUUACAACCGCCAUACUCACUGUUGUUGUUGUCACCAUUAAAUCUUGUAUGUUCUGCUUUAGGAAGUGCACAGGAAAGGGGAAACAACACAAAAAUAAGAGAGCAUAGUUGAAAAGUAGUUUUGUUUGAAUUAAAUCAAAUCAUCAUUAAAUCAUCAUAACCUA